AUGGGAGAAAAAGCGGACAUCCUUUUCAUUGAAUCACCUGUGCAGGCUGUCGACACCGCACGUCGAGAAGCUCUAGCAAAAAGGUUCAAUCUUCUUUACUAUGAUUGCGACUCGACUACCGAUUUUAUUGAACGACUGAAGCCAGGAGGCCAGUAUUCCGGGGUGGUGGCUAUCGUCCGCAAUGGGUGGCAUAAAGUGGGCAAAUUGGCAUCGCAACAUCUCUUCGCCCCGGAGGUGGUACCACAUUUCCCCGGCUGUCUACGCAUCAUCUGCUGUAGCGGGCAUGGAUAUGAUGCAUCAGAUGUUAAAGGUAUCUCAGCCAGGGGUAUAUGGUUCUGUAAUACACCAGGUGCAUGCACCGAGGCUGUGGCCAACACCGCAUGGUUUCUGGUUCUCGACACAUUUCGUUACCUAUCUUACUCACACUGGUGUGCGCGAUAUGACUGGAAUGCAAGCAGGGAACUUGGGCUCAUUGCUAGUGACCCUUGUGGCCAGUCGUUAGGAAUCGUAGGGCUGGGUGAUAUUGGGCUUGCAAUUGCGCAAAAGUGUGAAUCAGCGUGGGGCAUGAAGAUCCAUUACCAAGGUCCACGCCAAAAUAUCUGUGCAGAAAGAGUCCUGCAAAAUGGGGCGAUCUACCAUUGUCGAAUCAGUGACAUGAUUCCUGAAUUGGAUUGCAUUGUCCUUGCAGCUCCUUAUUCGGACGAAACACACCACUUGUUGUCAACAAAGGAAUUUGCUCUAGCGAAGAAGACGGGACUGAGAGUAGUCAACAUUGCAAGGGGGAAAAUGAUUGACGAAGAAGCCUUGAUAGAAGCUCUUGAUCAAGGGAAAGUUGUUGGAGCAGGUCUCGAUGUCCACGAAAUAGAACCGGGUGUUAACUCCAAACUAAAAGACAAUUGGAAAGUUACCCUUCUCCCUCACAUUGGAGUUUGCUCGUCUACUAGCUGGCAAAACUUUGAAAAGAUCAACUUGGACAACCUUGAAGCCUUUCUUACCACAGGACGACCGAUAAACUAUAAACAAGCUCUCAAAAACCUUAUUGCCGUCAUUGAAGCUGCCGGAUCAAGCAUUCAGCAUGUGAUUAAAGUCAAUGUCUAUCUUACGUCCAUGGAUGACUUCGGUCAAAUGAACGCCGCCUAUGAAGAAAUUUUCAAUACUGACCCCAGACCGGCUCGAACAUGUGUGGCUGUGAAUGCGUUUCCAGCCAAGACUGACGUAGAGAUUGAUCUAAUUGCUGCUCUGUGA